AUGGAGGAAAUCUACUUGUCUCCAAAGUGCAAGGACUUCCAUAGGUCAGCAACAGCCCUGCAGGUGAAAUCCAUGAUGCUGCUGCUGCUGCAGGUCCUGGCCAGCUGCCUCUGGCUGGGCCAUGGGGAGGUGGUGAGAGCCAAUUUCUCUGGAAGUCAAUGCCUUCAGUUUUUUUUCAAUGGAACACCCCCAAAUGGUGCCUUAACACCUAGAAAUGCAUCCUGGAUCUGCCAGAGUUAUCAGGACAAGUAUUACUUUGCCACGCUGUACAACAGUAGCCUUCGUAUUCCUGUGUAUUCUGCCUAUCUCUACAAACCUGGAAAGGCCACAAGAUGUAGUCAAUGGAUGGUUGAACCCCAGCUGGUGAACCGAAGUUUAACCAAAAAUAUGAAAAAAGAAAGUUAUGUCAAAAGUGUUUUAAAUAUCACAGUUAAAGAACUGAAUGGAAGUCAGGCUGUCAGUGAAGACUACAAAAACCAGACGGGUUUUCACCGUGGCCAUUUGUACCCCUGCAACCAUACAGAUUCAAAUGACAGAUGUAACUCUACCUCCACCCUCACCAAUGCAGUGCCUCAGAAUAAAACACUCAAUCAAGGUGCCUGGAAAACAUAUGAACUGAUCACAAUGAAAAAUAAGGCCCAAAACUGCUCAAGCACUUACGUUGUCACAGGUGCUGUGCCUGGGAAAAGCAAACUCCCCCGCGGACUGAAUAUACCCAGCCACAUCUGGUCAAGUGCCUGCUGUAAAACGACCUCAAACACCAUCAGGGCUUGGGGGGUCAUUGCUGAGAAUACCAAGAAUGCGGUUCAGGAGCUCAGCCUGGGGCAGCUGGAGGACAAGCUGACCGACCUCUAUGGGAGGGGAAAUGUUUACCUGUUUCACAGUUCCUGUCCCCGUCAAUAAGCCCCAUUUCACAUCCUGGGUGUAAAAACCUCAGGAGCCUUGGCCACUGGCACCAUCACCUCAUGUCCUCUGCAGCAUCCCUCCUGCUUCCUGCUCCUCUGCUUUUCCAGCUCUCUCAGCACACUUAAUGUGACCCAGUCCCAUUUCACCAAGUAGUUAAAAUUGCUUUUGGAAGCCUCUGUUGCUGAGGAGGAGAAUCCCAACAAUGUCUGGGGGGUUGGUCAUCCUGCACCUCUCUCCUCCCCAGGCAGGACACCUCCUUGGUAGGAAGUUGCUUCUCUGCUGCUUUGCAGGAGAAUUGUUACUCUCAUUUAACUAAUGACUUGGCUGCCUUUGAGACAUUUAGCACUAACACAGGGAGUGUAUUUACCAAUGGCAACUCCAAACUUGUUACAUCUGUCACUUGUAAUAAAUGACUGAGCUUUGCAAAAGUGUCUCUGUGGAAGUCCUUGGUGGGUCUCUGAAAAAGCCAAACAUUUAUUAGGAGUGAUGGCUACACCCUACAAAUGGAGGGGAGGAAUUGGUUGGGUGUGAAUGAUAGAAUAAUGUUAGAGAUAAAUUUCUUUCUCAUGAUUUUGUGUAGAAAAGUAGCACUUGUGAUUUGGGAAAUUGAGCUUGUUCUGUGGAAUACCACUCUGCAAACCUUUCUGUGCAGAAAUGGAUAUUAAAGCAAA